CCUAAAGAAGUGGCUGACAUCUUUAACGCCCCUAGUGAUGAUGAAGACUUUGUCGGUUUCGGAGAUGACGUUCCCAUGGAAACCCUCUCAUCCGAGGAGAGCUGCGAUAGUUUUGACUCACUGGAGUCAGGGAAACAGCAGGAUGUGCGCUUCCGUUCCCAGUACUUCACAGAAGAGCUGAGGAGAAUUUUUAUAGAGGACACCGACUCGGAGACAGAGGACUUUGAGGGGUUUACACAGAGCGACCUGGGUGUAAACAGUAGCCCAGAAGGAAAGCUCGAGGGGUCCGGUUUGAGCGACGAUGGUAGUGAGGCAUCAGUGAGUGAGGAGGAGGGAGAUGACGAAGAAGAAAAGGCUACGCCCAGAAGAAGCAGGCCUAGGAGCAGCAUUGGUCUCCGCGUAGCCUUGCAGUUCCCCAAGAAACUGGCCAGAACAGCCGACGAGAAGAAUUCUGCUGAGCCGUUGUUUUCUAGCUCUUGCUCACAGGACAGUACAAAAGCCAUUCUCCGGAGAAAGAAAAGCAGCAGAGAAGGGAAGGAAAGGGAAGAUUCGGCCUCAGAGCCCGAGGAUGACUCCAGGGACGAGGAGAGCUCGGACGCGCUGCUGAAAAGGACCAUGAACAUCAAGGAGAACAAGGCCAUGCUGGCUCAGUUAUUGGCGGAAUUGGAUACGGUGCCUGAUUUCUUCCCAGUGCGAACCCCGAGCUCGGCUUCCAAGAAGAAAACCGUGAGGCGGGCCUUCUCGGAGGGGCAGGUCCCCAGGCGCAGGAACCCCACCCAGAGUGCCCGGCCGCCUGAGAAGUUCGCCCUGGAGAAGUUCACCGUCUCCGCCGCCCAGUUUGCAGAAGAGUUUUACCGCUUCAGGAGAAGGAAGACAAUUAGUGGGGGGAGGUGCCAGGGCUAUCGGCGGCGGCAUCGCGUAUCUUCCUUUCGGCCCGUGGAGGACAUCACUGAAGAGGACUUAGAAAAUGUUGCCAUAACUGUCCGAGAUAAAAUCUAUGAUAAAGUUCUGGGUAACACGUGCCAUCAGUGUCGGCAGAAGACCAUCGACACCAAGACGGUGUGUCGGAACCGGAGCUGCGGCGGCGUGCGGGGGCAGUUUUGUGGGCCGUGCCUGCGGAAUCGCUACGGGGAGGACGUGAGGUCGGCGCUGCUGGACCCGGGGUGGAUGUGCCCUCCCUGCCGGGGGAUCUGCAACUGCAGUUACUGUCGGAGGCGCGAUGGCCGCUGUGCCACAGGGAUCCUCAUUCAUCUGGCCAAGUUUUACGGUUAUAACAACGUCAAGGAGUAUCUGGAGAGCUUACAAAAGCAGCUGGUAGAAGAUAAUUAGGAGGAAGAACCACCAGCCAACUCACCUUUGUGUAUUCCAGCAAGACAUGCCCUAUGUACCAUUUGUGCCUAUGAUGUCUUACAGUUGUGUUUUUAUAAAGAAGUUCUUUGUAGAUCUAAA